AUGUCCGCACCAACAACAGACAGUACUGAAGCCAUAACGAAUUCUGGCUAUGGAAGCAGCGAUGAAACCGCAAGUCUGCUCAUAUCGGGCCCAUCCGUUACCGUCAUAGUUCCCGCCGAACCUAACAGAACUGUCAAGCCUGUGUUGCAAAGACAAGACUGCACAACACACCUCAGGCCGCAACUAUCAGGCGGCCCCGGCAGCGAAGAAAGCGCUGCAUCUAUCAGGAUGGAAGAGGGCGCUGCGAGAAGCGUUCCCGACAUAGAACUACAAUGCCGCGACCAACCCGCCGACCGCCCCCAGACACUAGUUUCCCCCGUCGCCACCUGCUCCCACAGAGGAUCCGUUACCGCCUGCCAGUUAGUUCCACAUACGUACACGAGAUGUCGCGUCUGUGAACGAAGGCAGUCUACAGCACCCAUGUCGGCGUUGCAACUAGCGCGAUCUGUGUCCAGAGAAAGUGUACGAUCUGCUUUACACUAUCCUUGUGGUUGUAGUUCACUACACGCUGUCAGUACCUGUCCUGUCAUCCAACCUCCAGCCUUAUUAUUGCCGACGACAAGUACUAGAAUCAUCCGACAGAGCUCACAACCAGAGUCCAGCGCAUGCGCGGCGCACUGCCCUCACCACGCCCAUCACCACCCUAGCGCCUCACUACGACAAUUGAGGGAACCCGGCGAUGGCAUUGCCGGCAUCGCGGCCGACUCCCUGCGGAUCAACGGAGGAAUGCGACCGUUCAAACAGGGGCUGCUCCUCUGUCCGCAAACCCUGUCGCAGACACGCCGUGCCCGACUGAGACGGGCGUUCACUGAAGCCACGGGGGAUACAGUUACCUACGUUAAGACGGCCUGUACGACUCGGGAUCAGAUGACACAGGUAAACUAG